GGAGAGGAGGGAGACAAAACGCAUUGACGACUUUCCCCUUUCUUCUGAUGAUGAUGACAAAAUCCCAAAAUUUGGCAUCUCUCCACACUUGUCUCUUUGUGCCGCCACCACUACCUCACUCUCCCUCCGGUGUUACUAGGGUUUCCGCUUCACUCUUGUCCGUCUUUGUUGAUUGAUUUGGCAUUCUCCUUUGGAUGGCAUUAGGGGACUUGAUGGUCUCCAGGCUCUCUCAAUCUUCCGUUACCGCUGUCACCAAUCACCGCUACAACGACGACGACUGCGCCUCCACUCACGAUGAUUCCCGCAUGUCCAUCAUCGCCUCUCCCCCAAGCAUUUACAAUCAUUUUGCUAGCAGCAGCUAUGAGAAUCUCUCCGCCGCCCCAAGCAUGGCAUACUUGCCUCAGACUCUUGUGCUCUGCGACCUUAGACACGACGCCUCCGAGGCCUUAGACAUCGUCCAAUCCCCCAGAUGGCGCCUUAAAGAGCGAAUGAAAACAGGAUGUGUAGCUCUAGUUAUGUGUUUGCACAUUACUGUUGAUCCCCCUGAUGUUAUUAAGAUCUCUCCAUGCGCCACACUGGAAUGCUGGAUAGAUCCUUUUUCUAUCUAUCCACCAAGAAGAGCUCUUGAGACUAUAGGCCAAAGCUUGAGCAUUCAGUACGAGAGAUGGCUGCCUCGGGCUCGAUAUAAGGUGGAACUGGAUCCUACAAAGGACGAUGUCAGGAAGCUGUGCUUGUCUUGCCGGAAAACUGCUAAGACUGAGCGAGUUUUGUUUCAUUAUAACGGCCAUGGUGUCCCUAAACCUACACCUAAUGGUGAAAUCUGGGUUUACAAUAAGAAUUUUACCCAGUACAUUCCCUUGCCAGUCAGCGAACUUGAUUCCUGGUUGAAGACACCCGCAAUUUACGUUUUUGACUGCUCUGCUGCUAGGGUCAUUGUCAAUGCCUUCGCUGAGCUUCAUGUUGGGGAAUCUUCUGGCUCGUCUGGGCCCCCGAAAGACUGCAUUUUACUGGCUGCUUGUGAUGUACAUGAGACACUUCCUCAGAGUGUUGAAUUUCCAGCUGACGUGUUUACUUCUUGCCUUACCACACCUAUUAAGAUCGCAUUGAAAUGGUUCUGCAGACGUUCUCUUCUGAAGGAAUUUAUAGAUGAAUCACUUAUUGAUAGAAUUCCCGGCCGCCAAAAUGACCGCAAAACAUUGUUAGGAGAGUUGAACUGGAUCUUUACUGCAGUCACGGACACCAUUGCCUGGAAUGUGCUUCCUCGCGAACUUUUCCAGAGAUUAUUCAGACAGGACUUGUUGGUUGCUAGCCUUUUCCGGAAUUUCUUACUUGCUGAGAGGAUAAUGCGGUCCGGGAAUUGUACCCCAAUAUCCCAUCCUAUGCUACCUCCUACGCAUCAGCAUCAUAUGUGGGAUGCAUGGGACAUGGCUGCUGAAAUCUGCCUUUCUCAGCUUCCUAAACUUUUUCUGGACCCAAAUACGGAGUUUCAGCCAAGUCUAUUUUUCACUGAGCAACUGACAGCUUUUGAGGUCUGGCUUGAUCACGGAUCUGAGCAUAAGAAGCCACCGGAGCAGUUGCCUAUUGUUCUUCAGGUCUUACUUAGCCAGUGCCAUCGGUUUCGUGCUCUUGUACUUCUUGGACGAUUUCUUGAUAUGGGUCCUUGGGCUGUCGAUUUGGCCUUAUCCGUUGGAAUAUAUCCUUGCGUAGUAAAGCUGCUGCAGCAAACAACUAUUGAGCUACGGCAGAUUCUUGUUUUCAUAUGGACAAAGAUUCUUGCAUUUGAUAAGUCAUGUCAAGUAGAUCUUGUGAAGGACCGGGGCCACAUAUAUUUCAUCCGAUUUUUAGAUAGUUCUGAUGCAUUCCCAGAACAACGUGCUAUGGCUGCGUUUGUUUUGGCUGUUAUUGUCGAUGGCUACAAACAAGGCCAAGAAUCUUGUCUUGAAGCUAAUUUAAUUGGUGUUUGUCUGGGCCACCUCGAAGCAACCCAACCAUGUGAUCCACCGCCAGAACCAUUGUUUCUUCAAUGGCUUUGUCUUUGUCUUGGAAAGUUGUGGGAGGACUUUGUGGAGGCCCAAAUAAUGGGUAAGGAGGCAAAUGCUUCUGAGAAGUUGAUACCUCUGCUUUCCGAGGCCCAACCAGAGGUCAGGGCUGCUGCUGUUUUUGCCUUGGGUACCUUACUUGAUGUUGGGUUUGACUCUGGUAAAGGUGUUCGUGACGAAGAAUUUGAUGAUAAUGAAAAUAUUAUAAUUGAAGAUAUUAUGAUAAAAAGUCUGUUAGAUGUAGUUUCAGAUGGGAGCCCGCUUGUCCGAGCAGAGGUUGCUGUAGCUCUCGCACGGUUUGCCUUUGGACACAAACAGCAUCUAAAGUCAGUUGCAGCUUCAUAUUGGAAGCCCCAAAGUUCUCUGCGAACUUCUUUCCCUUCAAUGGCCAAGUUUCACGACGCUGGAACUUCAACAAUUGUUUCUUCACACAUGGGUUCUCUGACUAGAGCUAGCCCUGAUAGCCAACCAGUGGCUCGUGAAGGGAGGAUCUCAAGCAGCCUCCAUGAAGCUUCUUCCGGGCCAAUGCAAGGAUCUCCAUUAUCUGAUGAUUCUUCCUUGCAUUCUGAUUCUGGAAUCAUCCAUGAUGGUGUCAACAAUGGAGUUGUCCAUCAGCCAAGACCGCUGGAUAAUGCUAUCUAUUCGCAGUGUGUUCUGGCUAUGUUUACGUUAGCUAAAGAUUCAUCUCCGCGUAUUGCAAGCCUUGGGCGGCGUGUGCUAUCUGUUAUUGGGAUUGAACAAAUUGUUGCAGCAUCAGCAUCUCACACUCCUUUGGCUGGCCUAGUUCGCUCAUCCUCAUGGUUUGAUAUGCAUACAGGUCACCUGCCGCUAACAUUUAGGACUCCUCCGGUAAGCCCUCCUCAAACAAGUUAUUUAACUGGACUGAGGAGAGUUUGUUCACUAGAGCUCCGACCUCAUCUGCUGGGUUCUCCAGACUCUGGAUUGGCUGAUCCGCUUUUAGGCGUAAGCGGGUCUGAACGGAGUUUGCUUCCACAAUCAACUAUCUACAACUGGAGCUGUGGUUACUUUUCUAAACCUCUUCUUGGUGGAGCAGAUGCUAAUGAAGAGAUAGUAGGCCAAAGAGAAGAGAAAGAAAAGUUUUCGCUUGAGCAUAUUGCAAAAUGCCAGCAUUCAUCAAUCAGCGGGAUCAACAAUAUUCCUAUUGCUAAUUGGGAUACAAAGUUUGAAACGGGAACAAAGACGGCCCUCCUUCACCCUUUUUCUCCUAUUGUAGUUGCUGCCGAUGAGAAUGAACGGAUCAGAGUGUGGAAUUACGAGGAAGCAACUCUUCUUAAUGGCUUUGAUAAUCACGAUUUUCCCGACAAAGGAAUUUCAAAGCUCUGCUUUGUCAAUGAACUUGAUGACUCUCUGCUACUUGUUGCCUCAUGCGAUGGAUCAGUCCGUAUAUGGAAAGACUACGCAACAAAGGGUAGACAAAAACUUGUCACAGGGUUUUCUUCAAUCCAAGGUCACAAGCCUGGUGCACGUGGCCUGAACGCUGUCGUGGACUGGCAACAGCAGUCGGGUUACUUGUAUGUUUCUGGGGAAUCGUCAUCAAUCAUGCUUUGGGACCUGGAGAGAGAACAGCUCGUCAAAUCUGUGCCCUCUGAAUCAGAGUGCAGGGUCACAGCCCUUUCGGCUUCUCAAGUGCAUGGGAGUCAACUUGCUGCUGGUUUUGCGGAUGGAUCUGUAAGACUCUACGACGUUCGGACACCUGACUUGCUUGUGUGUGCCACUCGGCCUCAUCAGAGAGUAGAAAAAGUAGUUGGACUCAGCUUUCAGCCUGGACUCGAUCCGGCAAAGAUUGUGAGCGCAUCACAAGCAGGUGACAUUCAGUUUCUGGACCUAAAAAUAACUAAGAAGACAUACCUAACGAUAGACGCGCACCGAGGAUCACUGACAGCAUUGGGUGUCCAUAGACACGCUCCAAUCAUAGCGAGCGGGUCAGCCAAACAGCUAAUAAAAGUGUUCAGCCUUAAGGGAGAACAACUUGGGAUCAUAAAGUACCACACUUCCUUCAUGGCCCAAAAGAUUGGCCCAGUCAGUUGCCUCGCCUUUCACCCUUACCAGGUAUUGCUAGCUGCCGGAGCUGCUGGCUCCUUCGUCUCUUUAUACACCCACCACAACACGCAACCACCUAGAUAGAUCAUGACAACUAGUAAGUUAGUGAAUGCAAAGUGAAUUUAGGGAGUUGGGGUAAAAUUGGGUAUUAUUUGUAGAGUUGAUUAAUUAGCCUCCGAUGAAAAGAUGCAAGCAAUACUAAUUGAGGAGGCUUUGCCAAAUAAAUUUGCGACUAUAUUACGCAUAUAAAUGCUUUGUAAAUAGUUCUUGUGUGUGUAUUUUUUUACAUCUUCAUAUUUCUUAUUAUUUGUCUAUUCAUCUUGGAUUCUUGGGCA